AUUUUCUUACUACUUGAGUUUCCUUUUUCUUAUUGCUUUGCACUUUUAUUUGUGCUCGUCUUCUUCUCCUUUCCUUACCACAGAAGAAUAGUAGCAAUCAGAGACUGAAGACGAGCUUCCCCUUGCGCCGAAGGGCCACCGAUGGUUGAAACCGAGAUGGAUGCAGAAACUGUUGCAAAUGUGGUUCCACCAAAGGAGACUCCAAAUAGUGUUUCCAUUUCUCAUCAUUCCUCACACCCUCCCCUUAAUGAGAGGAUUAUUUCAUCCAUGACCAGGAGAUCUGUUGCUGCACACCCAUGGCAUGACCUUGAGAUAGGACCUGGUGCUCCAAUUAUCUUCAAUUGUGUGAUUGAGAUUGGGAAAGGGAGCAAGGUGAAAUAUGAACUGGACAAAAAGUCGGGGCUUAUCAAGAUCGACCGCGUGCUUUACUCAUCAGUUGUUUAUCCUCACAACUAUGGGUUUAUCCCUCGUACUAUUUGUGAGGACAGUGAUCCCCUGGAUGUCUUGAUUAUUAUGCAGGAGCCGGUUCUUCCAGGUUGCUUUCUUCGGGCCAAAGCAAUUGGUCUCAUGCCCAUGAUUGAUCAGGGGGAGAAAGAUGAUAAAAUUAUUGCUGUCUGUGCUGAUGAUCCUGAGUAUAGACAUUACAAUGAUAUCAAAGAGCUUCCUCCACAUCGUUUAGCUGAAAUUCGUCGUUUUUUUGAAGACUACAAGAAGAAUGAAAACAAGGAAGUUGCAGUAAACGACUUUUUGCCUGCCUCAGCUGCUUUUGAAGCGGUUAAGCGAUCCAUGAGCUUGUAUGCGGAUUACAUAGUGGAGAGCUUGAGGCGGUAGCCGAUGAAUGAUGCACGUCAAGGAUUUUUAACUGACGGACCAAUGGAAGAUAUUUGCAUGAAAAAAGGCUGCAUUAUCAAUAUUAUGUAGGGAUAAAAAAAAAACAUUUUACUUUAGCUGCCUCUUAGCACAUGCGUGUUCUACAGACUACACGUGCUUAAUUUCAAAUAUUUCAUCUCUGCACUUUAGCCACAUGUUUUAUCCCUGUAUAAUUUUAUAUUCAUUAGAAAGGGUAGAAAGGGUGUAAUAUUUUUUUUU